CACUCAUCAUGGCACCAGGCUGCUUCGCAUUCUUGAGCAAAACCAAAGCUAAGGCAUCUGAGCCUGUGCGCGAGAAGGCUGCUCUGCCUCCGCCUCCGGAGCCACAGCUUCAGCCCCACCUCCCCGCCGCACACGAACACUUCGAGCCAUGCUUCCAGUGUUCCGGCGCCAGUGCGUGGGACAAGCUCGACGCCGAGCUGCCAGCCUACACUGCGCGCGCGCCCUUCUCUUCUGACGCCCGCGCCGCCAUAGUCGCCGCAAUCAACGACGCCGCGCCCGCGCUCACCAAGCUCUCUCUCUACAUCUCCGACCACCCCGAGUUGGGAUACCACGAAGUGCACGCGCACAAGCACCUGACCGCCUUCCUCGAAGACGCGGGCUUCGCCGUCGAGCGGGGAUACAAGGGGCUGGCGACGGCGUUCCGCGCGUCCUACAAGCACGGCUCGGGCGGGCGGGUGUUCGCCUUCAACUCGGAAUACGAUGCGCUGCCCGGCAUCGGGCAUGCGUGCGGCCACAACCUGAUCGCGGUGUCGGGCGUCGCGGCCGCGCUCGGCGUGCGCGCCGGCAUGCGCAAAGCGGGACUGAGCGGGGAGGUCGUGCUCAUCGGCACGCCGGCGGAGGAGGGCGGCGUCGGCAAAGGCGUGCUCAUCGAGCGCGGCGGGUACAAAGGCGUGGACGCAUGCAUGAUGAUCCACCCCGUCGGGGGCAUGGGCGCGGCGCCCGGCCGCGGCGCCGUGACGCCUACACUCGCGAUCAAUACGGUCAACGUCGAGUUCUUCGGGCGGACAGCCCACGCGGGCGGCGCGCCGUGGGACGGCGUCAAUGCGCUCGACGCCGCGAAUAUCGCGUACACGUCCAUCUCGGCGCUGCGGCAGCAGAUCCACACCACCGAGCGCGUGCACGGCAUCAUCUUGCGCGGCGGGGACGCGCCGAAUAUCAUCCCGGACUACACAGCGAUGAAGUUUUAUGUGCGCGCGCAGAGCGCGGCCGGCGUCGAGGCGCUCAUUGCGCGCGUGUGCGCGUGCUUUGAUGGCGCGGCGCUCGCGACGGGGUGCAAGGUCAAGUAUACGACUGAACGGGUUAUGAUGGACCUCCGCAACAACUUGCCGCUGGCGGAGGAGUAUGCUGCCGCGAUGGGCGAGGAGUUCCAUCUGCCCACAUAUGUCGGCAUCGACGACUGGAGCGUCGCGGGCGGGAGCACGGACUUUGGUAAUGUCACGUAUGAGAUGCCGGCCGCGCACCCGCACUACGGCGUGGCGUCCCCAGAGGGCGGCAACCAUACUGUCGCGUUCCGCAAUGCCUGUCGCACCGACGAGGCGCACGAUUACACGUGGAAGUUUGCCGCGGGGAUGGCGUGCGUCGCGGCGCGCUUCAUGCAGGACAAGGCGUUUGCGGACGACGUCAAGAGCUGGUAUGGCAAGCACACGAAGGGGAAGAAGUAGACGGGAUCAGUAAGAGCUCGCACCAACUUGGUCUAGACAUUGUCCAUUUACUAUAUGGCUCACUAACGAGCAUUAUGCAGUACAACAAAUACAUUAG